CAAACAUGUAGGUAUAUUCCUUAGGGGAUUGUAGUUCAACGCUUGGAUCACGGGGUUUUCUUGUUUAUGUUAGCAAAGGAGAUAAAUCCCUUCAGUAGUUUGAUUGCUGGGAAUGGAAGGGGAACAGCCAACAGAGACCAUGCCAAGCAAGAGCACCAAAACCUCUACAGCAGCCCAUCGGAAAGGCAGAGAGCCCUUAGAGGGGUCCACCAGUGACAUGGAAGUGGAAAACGAAGGUGACAGACAGCUUAGCGAAGUACCUCCACAAGCAGUCUCAAAUGAGGUGCUUGAUAAUCGAAGUUUAGAAGAGAUUUUGGGUAGCAUCUCUCCUCCCCCACCUCCAGCAAUGACCAAUGAAGCUGGUGCUCCUCGUCUCAUGAUAACUCAUAUUGUAAACCAGAACUUCAAAUCCUAUGCUGGGGAGCAAACUUUGGGACCUUUUCAUAAGCGUUUUUCAUGUAUUAUUGGGCCAAAUGGCAGUGGAAAAUCCAAUGUCAUUGAUUCAAUGCUUUUUGUGUUUGGGUAUCGAGCACAAAAAAUCAGAUCCAAAAAACUCUCUGUGCUGAUCCAUAAUUCUGACGAACAUACGGACAUCCAGAGUUGUUCUGUGGAAGUCCACUUCCAAAAGAUCAUUGACAAGGAAGGAGAUGAUUACGAAGUCAUUCCUAACAGCAGUUUUUGUGUAUCUAGAACUGCUUAUAGAGAUAAUUCUUCUGUCUACCAUAUCAAUGGAAAGAAAAAGACAUUCAAAGAUGUUGGUAUUCUUCUUCGAAGCCAUGGAAUUGAUCUGGACCAUAACAGGUUCUUAAUUUUACAGGGGGAAGUUGAGCAAAUCGCAAUGAUGAAACCGAAAGGCCAGACUGAACAUGAUGAGGGCAUGCUUGAGUACUUAGAAGACUUAAUAGGAUCUGCACGACUAAAAGAUCCUAUCCAAACUCUGUGUCGCAGAGUAGAGAUUUUAAAUGAACAGAGAGGAGAAAAGUUAAAUAGAGUUAAAAUGGUGGAAAAAGAGAAGGAUGCCUUGGAAGCGGACAGGAAUAAAGCCAUUGAAUUUCUUUGUUUGGAAAACAAAAUGUUUAAAGAAAAGAAUAAUAUCUGUCAAUACUAUAUCUAUGACCUAAAGAAACGAGUAAAUGAUAUGGAAAUGCAGAAAGAAAAAAUUAACGAAGAAACAAAAGAUGUUAAUGAGAAGAGUAGUAAACUUGCAGAUGAAAUGAAAACCAAGAAUAAAGCUUUAAAAGAACUUGAAAAGAAACUCAAUAAAAUUACAACGUUUGUAGAGGAAAAUAAAGAAAAAUUUACUCAGUUGGAUUUGCAGGAUGUUAAAAUAAGGGAAAAUCUUAAACAUGCCAAAAGUAAGGCUAAAAAACUGGAGAAGCAACUUCAAAAGGACAAAGAGAAGGUAGCAGAAUUGAAAAAUGUACCUUCCAGUAGUGAAAAAGCUAUCAGCGAAGCAACAUCUAAGAAAGAGCUUCUAGAAAAGACAAAAGAGAAGGAAGAAGAAAAACUCAAGCAGGUUAUGGAUAGCCUUAAGGAAGAAACACAAGGACUUCAGGAAGAAAAAGAGAGCAAAGAGAAAGAGCUUAUGGAGUUUAGUAAGGCAGUGAAUGAAGCACGUUCAAAGAUGGAUGUAGCCCAGUCAGAGCUUGAUAUCUAUCUCAGCCGACACAACACUGCUGUGUCUCAGUUAAAUCAGGCAAAGGAGGCUCUGAUGACUACGUCAGAAACCCUUAAGGAAAGGAAAGCUGCUAUUAAAGAUAUAGAUGUAAAAUUACCCCAAGCUGAACAGGAAUUAAAGGAGAAAGACAAUGACCUUGAGAAGCUGGGAAGAGAAGAAUCAGGUGCUAAGAAUCUUGUUCGAAAUCUGCGUCAAAAAGUAGAAGAAGCCAAAAGUUCUUUAGCACUGAGUCGCAGUCGAGGAAAAGUGCUUGAGGCUCUGCUUCAGCAGAAGAAAUCUGGAAAUAUUCGUGGACUAUAUGGAAGACUGGGAGACUUGGGAGCUAUCAGUGAAAAGUAUGAUGUUGCUAUUUCAUCGUCUUGCGGUGCCUUGGACAACAUCGUUGUUGAUACAAUUGAUACUGCACAGGAAUGUGUGAAUUUCUUAAAGGCAACAGGAAUUGGAGUUGCCACAUUUAUAGCCCUGGACAAAAUGGCUGUAUGGGAAAAAAAAAUUCAAAAAAUCCCAACUCCUGAAAAUACUCCUCGUUUGUUUGAUCUGGUGAAAGUAGAAGACGAGAAGGUUCGCCUGGCUUUUUAUUUCGCAUUACGUGAUACCCUAGUAGCUAAUAACUUGGAAGAAGCUACCAGAGUAGCAUUCCAAAACGAUAAAAGAUGGAGGGUGGUAACACUGCAAGGACAAAUCAUUGAACAGUCAGGAACAAUGACUGGUGGUGGGGGUAAAAUAAUGAAGGGCAGAAUGGGUUCUUCAGUCGUAAUGGAUGUUUCAGAAGAAGAGAUCAAUAAAAUGGAAUCUCAACUGCAGAAGGAUUCUGAAAGAGCAGUACAGCGUGAAGAAGAGAAAUUACAACUUGAAGAAGCCAUAAGAAAACUGCGCCAAGAUGUUCGGGAAAUGAGAAAUACUUUAGAAAAGUAUACAGCAAGUAUCCAGAGUUUAUCUGAACAAGAAAUUCAUCUAAAAACCCAAGUCAAGGAACUUGAAGCAAAUGUAAUUGCUGCUGCUCCGGACAAAAACAAACAGAAGGAAUUGGAAAAAAUCCUUAGUACUUAUAAAAAAGAUUAUGAUUGCAUUGCUGAGAAAGCUGGUAAAAUAGAAAAUGAAGUUAAACGAUUACAUAACCUCAUAAUUGAGAUCAAUAAUCAUAAACUUAAAGCACAGCAAGACAAACUUGAUAAGAUCAACAAAGAAAUAGAUGAAUGUACUUCAACUAUUACUAAAGCGCAGGUGGCAGUCAAGACUGCGGACAGAAACCUGAAAAAAUCUGAAGAGUCUGUUCUUCGCACGGAGAAGGAAAUUGAAGAUAAUGAGAAAGAAAUUAAAAACUUGACAGAAGAGCUGACUACGCUAGAAGACAAAGCUACUGAGGUUAUAAAUGACUGCAGGCAAGCUGAAGUAAGUAUUUACGUACGAGAGAGAGUGAAAACAACCAGGACAGCUGAAACUCUUCCAAAUAAAGCUGUUUCUUUGAGACUGUCUUUCUCUAAAACUGCCUUUUAG